AUGCCCUUUGCGCAACUCGUCAUCGGCCCGCCCGGCGCCGGCAAAUCCACCUACUGCAACGGCAUGCAACAGUUCAUGGGCGCCAUCGGCCGCAAGUGCUCCGUGGUGAACCUGGACCCGGCCAACGACCCAGCACCCACGUCGUCGUACGCGUCCUACGAGCCCGCGCUGGACAUCCGCGACCUCAUCUCGCUCGAGACCAUCAUGCGCGACGACGACAUCGCCCUCGGUCCCAACGGCGGCGUGCUGUACGCGCUCGAGGAGCUCGAGGAGAACCUCGAGGGCUGGUUCGAGGAACGGCUCAAGAGUUUGGGCGAUGAUUAUGUUCUGUUCGAUUGUCCCGGUCAGGUCGAGUUGUUUACACAUCAUGGCUCGCUCAGGAGGAUCUUUGCCAGGUUGGAGAAGAUCGGGUUUCGUCUAGUUGUGGUCAACCUGAUUGACUCGUACGCCCUCACUUUGCCCUCGCUUUACAUCUCCACCCUCCUGCUGUCGCUACGGAGCAUGCUCCAACUCGACUUUACACACAUCAACGUCCUCACAAAGAUCGAUAACCUCAGCAAAUACCCCCCGUUACCGUUUAACCUGGACUUCUACACCGAGGUCCAAGACCUCUCGUACCUGCUCCCUUACCUCGAGGAAGAGUCGCCGAUGUUCAAGCAAGGCGGGAAGUUCCAAGCGUUGAACGAGGCGAUUGUCCAGCUCGUCGAAGAGUACGGGUUGGUCGGUUUCGAGACGUUGGCGGUCGAGGAUAAAAAGAGUAUGAUGAGCUUGUUGCACACCAUCGACCGGGCGGGCGGGUAUGCGUUCGGUGGCGCCGAGGGCGCAAAUGACUCUGUUUGGCAGGUCGCUGUGAGAGAAGGGGUUGGUAAGAUGGAUGUGAGGGACGUCCAGGAACGGUGGAUCGAUAGAAGGGAGGAGUACGAUGAGUUGGAGAGGAAGGAGUGGGAAGAGGAGCAGAAGCGGAGGGAAGAGGAGUGGGCCAAGAGCGGAGAAGCAAUGAUGGCGAUGGGCGAGGAUGGAGAGGAUGAGGACAUGGACUUACCGCCGCUGAAAGAUGUUGGUGUAAAAGUCGUGAGGAGUGGGAAGAAGCCUUCAUGA